CCGGCAGCUCGCGCACGGCUGGUUCCGGGUUGAGAGGCUGCGCUCGGACCGGAGCAGUGGCCGCUGAGCCGGCAGGGUAAGGGGCAACGCCGGGCAGGGUCUUGGGGCCGGGAUCGGGCAGCUGAGCGUGCUCGCACCCCUCUUCUCCUCUGCCACGCACAACCGCGGCGCAGCUGGCUUCCCCCUUCCCCAGAAUUCCCCAUCCCAGCUUCUCCCCCUCCCCCCACUGCACCCAUCCCGGGAUUUCAGCCCCCCUAAGGCCUCCGCCCCCUCCUGGAUCCUCUUCUCCCAGCGCCCACCCUUUCAGACUGUCCUUUCCUCUAGAACCUCCUUGCCAGAGCCCCUUCCCUCAUACACCUACGACCCCCACCCUCCAGCACCCAUCGCUCCGAGUCACCCACUACCUCGAGACCACCUUUCUGGACUCGCACGCCGGCUAGUGUCUACCCUGCACCUCUUCUUCGCGUGCCCCCCUCCCUCCCGGACAGGCCCCCUUCCUUCUCUUGUGGCUGUUACUCCUGCCUCUCGCCACCUGCUCCCCCCACCCAUCUCUCGGUGCUGCCCCUGACAGCGCCGCGCUCUCUCAGCAGCCCCCCUGCAUCUCAGGGCCCCUCUCCGCCGCCCCCAGCGCCAUGGCGUGCAGCCUCAAGGACGAGCUGCUCUGCUCCAUCUGUCUGAGCAUCUACCAGGACCCGGUGAGCCUGGGCUGCGAGCACUACUUCUGCCGCCGCUGCAUCACCGAGCACUGGGUGAGGCAGGAGGCGCAGGGCGCCCGCGACUGCCCCGAGUGCCGGCGCACGUUCGCCGAGCCCGCGCUCGCGCCCAGCCUCAAGCUGGCCAACAUCGUGGAGCGCUACAGCGCCUUCCCGCUGGACGCCAUCCUCAACGCGCGCCGCGCCGCGCGACCCUGCCAGGCGCACGACAAGGUCAAGCUCUUCUGCCUCACGGACCGCGCGCUGCUCUGCUUCUUCUGCGACGAGCCCGCGCUGCACGAGCAGCACCAGGUCACCGGCAUCGAUGAUGCCUUCGAGGAGUUGCAGAGGGAGCUGAAGGAGCAGCUUCAGGCCCUUCAGGACAGCGAGCGGGAGCACACGGAGGCGCUGCAGCUGCUCAAGCGACAGUUGGCAGAAACCAAGUCUUCCACCAAAAGCUUGCGGACCACCAUCGGUGAGGCCUUCGAGCGGCUGCACCGGCUACUGCGCGAGCGGCAGAAGGCCAUGCUGGAGGAGCUGGAGGCCGACACGGCCCGCACGCUAACCGACAUUGAGCAGAAAGUCCAGCGUUACAGCCAGCAGCUGCGCAAGGUGCAGGAGGGGGCCCAGAUCCUGCAGGAGCGGCUGGCCGAAACCGACCGACACACCUUCCUGGCUGGGGUGGCCUCCCUGUCCGAGCGGCUUAAAGGGAAAAUCCAUGAGACCAAUCUGACUUACGAAGACUUCCCGACCUCCAAGUACACAGGCCCCCUGCAGUACACCAUCUGGAAGUCCCUGUUCCAGGACAUCCACCCAGUGCCUGCCGCCCUGACCCUGGACCCGGGCACUGCCCACCAGCGCCUGAUCCUGUCCGACGACUGCACCAUCGUGGCCUAUGGCAACCUGCACCCACAGCCGCUGCAGGACUCGCCAAAGCGCUUCGACGUGGAGGUGUCGGUGCUGGGCUCCGAGGCCUUCAGCAGCGGCGUCCACUACUGGGAGGUGGUGGUGGCGGAGAAGACCCAGUGGGUGAUCGGGCUGGCCCACGAGGCGGCCAGCCGCAAGGGCAGCAUCCAGAUCCAGCCCAGCCGCGGCUUCUACUGCAUCGUCAUGCAUGAUGGCAACCAGUACAGCGCCUGCACCGAGCCCUGGACGCGGCUCAACGUCCGCGACAAGCUCGACAAGGUGGGCGUGUUCCUGGACUACGACCAAGGCCUGCUCAUCUUCUACAACGCCGACGACAUGUCCUGGCUCUACACGUUCCGCGAGAAGUUCCCGGGCAAGCUCUGCUCCUACUUCAGCCCGGGGCAGAGCCACGCCAACGGCAAGAACGUGCAGCCGUUGAGGAUCAACACGGUCCGCAUCUAGGACGGCACAGGGAGCCCACAGGGGCCACCUGGGCCACGGCCACCAGCAAGAGCUCUGCCCAGGGGACAGAGGCCAGGACUCCGGUCCAGUGUAGCCCCCACACCCCAUGAGGCCUCGGGCUGGGUGUUUACCCUUCAGCCUCCAUUUCCCUUCUAUAUUGGUGGUCAUGCUCCAUGAUUCUUAAACGCCAUCAGCAUUGAUGUCCUGUAGUUCUGACCUUGAUGGGGAGGCAGCUUUGGUCCCAGGAUGUGACAUGGCUUCUCCUCAGGGCGGCCCCUGCCUAGCCCUCAUCCCCAUCCUCUGGGCAGCGGGGAGGGGGAGCUUCUCCCUGUCUCCCUCCUGCCCACAUGCCCUGACCUCAGGAUGUGUCAAGAGUGUUGCCGGCAGUUGGCAGCCUGAAAGAUACAUGAAACCCACUUAUGCUUCCAGGUCUAAGACUUGCUCGGCACCCCACCGUGGGCCAUUUGACCCUUGAUCCCAGCCCACAGUGGGCACAGGCUGUAGCUGGUCCUAGGGUUCCCGAGAACCACCUCUCUUUCUACCUCUGGACCAAGAGCUUUAUAGUUCCUGUUUCUCCCACUGACCUGCAGGUAGAGAUGAUGCUGUGGCCUGUGGGAGGCACCCGGUCACUGAACCCACGUGUUACGGUCACUGUGCCACCAACUUCCAGCCCGCGGGUCUAAAAUCAGGAUGAUGGCACGCGAGGCUGAUGCAGAGCCCGGUAGCCCAAAAGCAGCUGCAGGACACGCAUCACUGGGUGACGGAGGUCCCCAGAGGCUUAAAUAAGGGUCCAAACCGGCCUCUGUGACCAGGCUUAGGGUGCGGGGAGGCUGAGGGGAACAGUUGUCUCAGGCGAGCACUGGGACAGGCUGUUGGCUGGGACUUCCCAUCAGGCUUGGCGUCUGUCUCAGUUAGAAUCCUGUUGCAGAAAACAAGAGCUGCUUUAGCUAGUUUAAUUUGACAGCAUUUAUUAUCACAUCCCUGAUUUGCAAAAUCAUUGGAAGGGCUGGAGGAGCAGACUCCUUGCUGAAUUUCCAGGAACAACUUGCGGCUCCCACCUGCAGGAAGCCACUGCAUCAGGAAGCUGCUGACCGCAGAACUGUGUUCCCUCCACUACUGGCCGGGCCGGCAAGUAGGUGUCCUGAGGCCUGCCUCUGUCCCACUCAGUUUAGUUCUCAAAUCCAAAUCUCUGUGAGGGAUACUGUUGGCGAAAUAUAAAUCAGAUCCAGAGCUUUGGCAGCAAGGGUGCCUGGGAAACGUAGUUUUCUUUCUUCUCACUGCAGCCAUGCAAAAAGGCCCGGAAGGAUGUUUAGGCGUUGAACAAGCCCAUCCACAGUUUUUGUCACUGGAGUUCACCUCCAGGCCUUGGCUUUGAAGCAGCAGAGCCUCCACGUGUCCUGCUCCGUGGCCCUGUCCCUGCCCGAGGGCAAGAGCCCAAGCGGUGGAUCUAUCCGCAGCACUGGCCGAAUGUCUCAAGCCUUCACUUCGCUCUCUAGUCCUGGAGCCUAGAUUCUGAGCUUGUGGGGUCCCUGACCACCCUCAUCCCAAAGGAGCCAGACCAGCUGAACUUGGGGGGCUCCCACCUCACAACUGCUGCCCAUUGGGGUCCCCCAUGAGCGGGAGGAAUCCUCAUUCUCACCUCACCCCUUCAUCUACCAGAAGCUGGGCCACCCCCCCAGCAGUAUUUUUAUUUUAAAUGUUUCCCAUUUUGUGAGUUAUGAUGAAUUUGUAUUAAAUUAAAGUUACAGAAUGUCA